AUGGCUCACCUCAACAAAUUGGCUAUUCGUGGGAUUCGAUCCUUUGACGACAAACAAAUAGCCAUCAUCGAAUUCUUCUCUCCAGUAACAGUCAUCGUUGGUCAUAACGGAAGCGGGAAGACCACAAUCAUCGAAUGCUUGAAAUAUGCGACAACAGGUGAUCAGCCACCUAACACAAGAGGAGGUGCCUUUAUUCACGACCCAAAGAUGGCGAACGAGAAAGAGGUGAAAGCUCAGGUCAAGUUGCGCUUUCAUGCUGCCAAUGGCACACGUAUGUUGGCUGUGAGGAAUCUGAGUGUAACAGUUAAGAAAACAGCAGGCUUGACUAUGAAAACACUUGAAAGUAUCCUUGCUAUAGCCGAUGGAAAUGCAGAAAGAGGCGGCAAGCGCGGGGUUAUAUCCACUAAAUGUGCGGAAAUGGAUACUGAGAUACCUCAGUUAUUGGGUGUCUCCAAGGCCGUACUUGAGAAUGUCAUAUUCUGCCAUCAGGAAGACUCAUACUGGCCCCUUGCAGAGCCUGCUGCCUUGAAGAAGAAAUUCGAUGACAUUUUUGAGGCUACAAGAUAUACCAAAGCCUUGGACUCGAUCAAGAGUCUCCGGAAGGACCGGAUGGCAGAGCUCAAAGCGGAGAAAGAACGUCUGGUUUCUCUUUCAAGAGAAAAGGCUCAUGCAGAUAAAUUAAAGGAACGCAUUUCAGAGCUCAAAUCUAAUAUAGCCGCCAAGGAAGUCGAGUAUGAGGAGACUAAACAGGAAUAUGAUACGCUUGUUGAAUCGAAUAAGAAGUUCCGCGAUCUAUACGAAAACUUCAGGGAGACGUAUAUGCGGGUAGAGAGUUUGCAACAAAAUAAGGCGUUGCAAAUGCAAUACUUAGAGGACCUCAAGCUAAAAUAUCGCGCAGUUCCUGGCACUCUGGAGGAACUUGAAACACGUGCAAAUCAAUUUCAGCAAAGGAUCGAACAGCAGAAGGAAAAAAGAAAAGCUGAACUACGCAAUAAGGAAGAACUUGAAGAAGAGGUGAACUCUGUCCAGGCCACUCAAAGAGACCUUUUUACACAACAAGGUAGACUCGAAGCUGAAGCUGAGGAACAAAGAAAAAGAAUCAAUCUACGAGAAAAGGCCAUUCACGAAAUAGCUGAGGCGCACCGGAUCAAAGGCUUUAGCCAGUCUCCUCUUGAACGGGAGCAAGUGCUUAAUUUCUUGUCUAAAUUGGGUGAUGUUCAACGGGUAUCUCAAAACGAUUUUGAGAAAUUGCAGAGCGACCUAAAGUUAAAAGAAGAAGAGUAUCACACCAAACUAAGAAAGCUGGAUAAUGAGCUUGCUAGCCACAAGUCACAGCAGGAACGGCUUCGGGAGCAAACUAUCCAAAACAAUGAUAAAGUUAAAAAGAUCGAAAGAACCCUAGGCAACAUGGAGGACCUGCCAACAAAAAUGCGUGUUCUCCAAGCCAAUCUCCACGACAAGACAAGUCGCCUUCAAACGGCAAAAUCAACCAUGGACUCUUCCAAUUUCGAAGCCCGCAUGGCUGAAUUAGCUGACGGGCGUCGUAGACUUGAGGAUGAACGCGACAAACUCAAUAACGAGCUCCAAGGUCUUACUUUACAGGCAGAAUCAAGAGCGAAACUUGAAUUGAAGCGCGGGGAAAUCAACACCAAGACUGUGGAAAUCGAAUCAAUUGCUGAUUACAUUGUCACUAAACUCAACAAUGUGGCGUCUCUUGACGUCACUGCAAACGAUAUUGAAUCACAAUUAAAUAAACUGGUUUCAGCCGCAGAGGAUGAACAAAAAAGGCUAGAGAAAAUAUAUAAAGAUGCCCAGAGCCAGUUGCAAAUGUCCGAUGCUGCAAUAACGAAUUUCAAAGAGGAGCUGGACGGCAAAAUAAACGAUGCAAAGAUUUUGGAAGCCAACGUUAAGAAGCGAACUUUCCUAGGAGGCGCCAAAAAUUUGGAUGAUGCUAUUGACUAUGCGAGCCACUUACUGCAACGCUUAAAAGUGCAAAAGGGCCAACUUCUGGGAUCAAGCAAAUUAUACGAACAGCUUCUGGAAGACGCGAAAACGACGAACGCAUGCACAGCUUGUCGGCGGAAGUUCAAGGACCGUACAGAGCUCGAAGUUUUUAAACAAGAGCUAGACACGCUGAUGAAGGCGGGUCAGACCGAGAGUCUUGACGAUGUCAACGAAUCACUUGAGGAUUGGCAGGCUGAACUCAACUCACUUCAAGGUUUGCGUACAAGGCAAAUCCAAGCCGAGGAAAUUCGAGCCAAAGAUAUACCGGAUCUCGAAAAGAAGAUGGCCAAGAUUGAGACGGUGGUUCCAGAGCAACGGGCAGCGAUUGAGAAAGUUGGCGAAGAGCUGGAGAUGAUCAAAACUAAGCUCAAAGAAAUUAUCGCCUGCAACCAACAGGCCGCUUCCAUGAGCCGCCUGCGUAAAGAAGUCGACAGAGCGAAGCAAGAGGUUGAACAACUCGAGAAAGAAUUGACAAGAACUGGCUCCACAAAAACUGCGGACGACGUAAAGGGUGAACUCACUCGAAUAACCGACGAUUUACGAAAGAACGAAAGAGAAAACAAGAAUAUCAGUCUUGAAUUUGAUCGACAGUCGCGUCAAUGCCGCGACUACGAGAAUGAAAUACAUCAAAUGCAACUUGACGAACGUGAUCUAUCCAGCAAGCUUCAAGAAAAAGAAAGGCUCGAAGAAGAAGUAGAACGAUUGAAACGAGGCAAUGGAACCUAUGCCACGCAGAUCAAAGAGAUUGACGGAAAAAUCUCUGAGGCACAAGCCCCGAUACUAGCUCUCCAAGAAGGACAUCAACGCAUUCAACGUGACUUGAACACCAAAAUCGGAGAAGCGCAGCGACGUUUCGAGGAGCUCAACAGAUCCAUGGACAAGUUGGUUGACAUGAACAAGAAUGCGGAAAGAUAUGUAAAAGAGAAGAAAGCUCGCGCUCUAGAAGAAUGUUCUUCGAGUCUUGAGCAGUGCGAGAUUCGACUCAAUGAAAUCCAUACCCAAAUUGAAGGUUCUCGUGAGCUUAUAGCCAGUAUCGACAAGGAAAUCAACGAAAGCGGAGCAACCGAAUCAAAUCUUCGGGAUAACAUACAAGUACAGAAGCUGACAAGGGAUAUCGCGAAAACUCAGGCGGAGAUUGACUCUUAUGAUAUGGAGGAAGCUGCUAAGGCCCGGAGAAACUACGAAGAUAAAUAUGAACCCACCAAGCGGAAAGAGGUUAAGUUGUCCGAAACGGUUCACCAACUUACAGGUGAACUAGGCACUCUCAAGGCACAAUCGAAAACCCUCGACAACGACCUCAAGGAGUAUAAAGAUGUAUAUAAAAACUACACGGAUCAGCUCAUACGAGUCAAGGUGUCCGACAUGGCGAACAACGAUCUGGAAAAGUACGCUAAAGCAUUAGACAAUGCCAUUAUGAAGUAUCAUGGCCUCAAGAUGGAAGAAGUCAACGACACCAUGAAGCAUCUGUGGAACAAAACCUACCAAGGAACAGAUAUAGACGGGAUUAAAAUACGAUCUGACGUCGAAGGCGGCGCUUCCAAACGUUCCUAUAAUUAUCGGGUGGUUAUGACCAAGGAUCAAGUCGAAAUGGACAUGCGUGGCCGAUGUUCUGCCGGACAGAAGAUGCUAGCCUCCAUAAUCAUCAGGCUUGCCUUGUCGGAUUCAUUUGGCCAAAAUUGCGGUAUACUUGCCCUUGAUGAGCCUACUAACGCCCUUGACACCGAAAACAUUGAUGCCCUCGCGGCCAGCUUGGUGGACAUAAUCAACGAGCGAAAAACCCACUCAAAUUUCCAACUCAUCGUCAUCACCCAUGAUGAAAACUUUCUGCGAAAACUCGGACAAAGCGAUGUUAUGGAAUAUUACUGGCGGGUGGCUCGAGAUUCCAGACAGAAAUCUGUGAUUGAGCGGCAUCGGUUUAGAUAA